CGCACUCAUGUCAGGCUUGCGCCCCGGCAUGGAGCAGCACAGCGGUGGGGUCCGCCCUGACCCGGGCCCGCCGCCCGCGGAGUCGGCCCCCGCCUCGGUGACCCUGGCGCAGCUCCUGCAGCUGGUCCAGGAGGGCCGGGAGCUCCCGGGCCUGGAGAGGCGCUGCAUCACAGCGACCCACGGCGAACCCACGGCGCCCCGGCUCCCGCGGAGGCCCAAGCCCUGGGAGGCCUCGGGGUCGGCUGAGGCCCCCGCGCCGCCGCCGUAGCCCCGGGAACCCAGAUCCCGUCGACCUCGGGUCCGGGUAGAAGAAUGCCUGGAGGGGCCCGGCUCGGCGGAGUCAACGACUGCGCCUUCCUGACGGCACGUAGUGGGUUCCUGAGACUCGUAGUUCUUUGCCUUUUAGACCUGGAGAGCGUGACUCUGUUCUGCAUAAAUUCGGACCUUGGAUGCUGGCCACGGUUAUUUAUCUUUUAUGCAUUCGCCCCCGACCUGUCUCAGCUGAACUUAAGCCUCCUGGGAGAGUCAUUGGAGUUGUCUUGUAUCCGAGUAUUUCUGGACCAAGAUCCUCAUUUUAAAAAUCCGGUUUCGGCCCUUACAGAUGAUUGAAACAGAUCUCCUACUUUUUACUCUCUGCGAUGCAUAGAUGUGCCUUCAUUUUUUUAAAAUGCUACUGAGGACACACUAACGGGGUUUGACCCACUGAGAACAAUUUCGUUAGUAAUGUAGGAAAACGUCAGUGUUUAUCUCCCGGUUCAACUAAUUCUUGUGAGUUGGGCAAAUGAACUUGGGAUUCAAGAGGUGUUGAUCUUAGCCAUUCUCCAGGUCAGCAGCUAAUAAAAGGUUUAAUGAUUAAA